AUGCAGUACGAACGUCCAGCCGGCUCAUCCUUCCAGAAGCCGUUUGCACUCACGGCGCAGUAUGCUCGGGAUCGCGGCGAUGAAAUCAAAGAGCAGAGCUUCGCUCCGAACCUCAAUGUCAGGCUCAUAUGUCCGGAUUGCCAAGUCGAUCCACCCAAUUUGUCAGAGGAGUUCUCAAGUGGCGACCUCGUCUGCGCCACUUGUGGUCUAGUCGUGGGCGAUCGCAUCGUCGAUACUCGAUCGGAAUGGCGGACGUUCGCCAAUGAGGAUGGCGACGAUCCAUCUCGUGUCGGGGAAUCCAGUAACCCAAUUCUCGAUGGUCUGGUUGAGUCCCUCGAUACUCGAAUUGGUGCUCGCGAUGGUGGUUCUGGGAUCUCUCGUCAACUGCAGAAGACCGCGCAGCUUGGGCAUGGCACGCAGAACAGGAACAUCCUAGAAGCGUUCGAUGACAUCCAGAGAAAGUGUGACAGCAUCCACUUGCCUAAGAUGGUUAGCGACACUGCCAAACAGCUAUUCCGUCGCGCUGAAGAGUCCAAAGUCGCUAAGGGAAAGAAGACAGAGGCGAUCGUGGCGAGUGCUAUCUAUGUCGCUUGCAAGAUCAACAAAGUCCCGCGUACCUUUCCCGAGAUCUGCAACCUGACAAAAGUCAAAAAGAAGCUUAUUGGCCAGGUCUUUCGGGAAAUGCAAGCCGCAUUUGGGCUCAACGCCCCCGGUACCGCCGAUGGCAGUGUCGAUGCUGUUGGACCUACAAAAGCUCUGGAGCUCGUCGGCCGCUUCUGCUCUCGUCUGGGAUUGGAAAACAGUAUCAUUCGUCUCACAGAGGACAUUGUCACGCGCGUCCGUGAGGCGGGCAUUCUGGCCGGCAAGUCGCCCAUCACUAUCAGCGCAGCAUGCAUCCUAUUCUCGGUCACACUUGCGAUGAGCAAUCCGCCGACAGCGAAGCAGAUUGCAGAGUCUGCCCAAGUUAGUGAUUCGACCAUCAAGGGCAGCUAUCGUGAGAUGCUGAAGUCGAAGAGUGCUGUCCUCAGCAAGGACUUCCUAGACAAACACAAAAAGAUUGUCGACGUCAAUCGACUCUCUAAUAAUCACUAA